AUGAGUUCCACAGAAGACCUUGACUAUCCUCAAGUCAUCUUGCAAUACAACAGUGGAUUUUUAGUCUCAAAGGUUAUGUUCACUGCCUGUGAGUUGGGGGUGUUUGAUCUUCUGCUGGAGGCAGGAGAGCCUCUGUCUUCAGAUGCCAUUGCUGCGCACUUGGGUACCAGCACCACGGGGAUGGAAAGACUGCUGGAUGCCUGUGUGGGACUGAAGCUCUUGGCAGUAGAGCUGACACAAGAAGGAGCCCUCUACAGAAACACAGACGUUUCCAACAUCUACCUUACAAGAUCAAGUCCCAAGUCUCAGUAUCAUAUUAUGAUGUAUUACUCCAAUACAGUCUACUUGUGCUGGCACUACCUGGCCGAUGCUGUGAGAGAAGGAAGGAACCAAUAUGAAAGAGCUUUUGGCAUUUCAUCUAAAGACCCUUUUGCAGCAAUGUACAGAUCAGAAGAAGAAAUGCUGAAAUUCAUGGCUGGCCAGAACUCAGUAUGGAGUAUAUGUGGUAGAGAUGUUCUUGCUGCAUUUGACCUUUCCCCUUUCAGGCAGAUCUGUGACCUGGGAGGAGGUGGAGGAGCUUUGGCCCGGGAGUGUGUUUCUUUGUACCCAAAUUCCACGGUCACAAUUUAUGACCUGCCGAAAGUCGUGCAAGUGGCAAAAGAGCAAUUUAUUCCCCCUGAGGAGCAUCGGAUCGCUUUUUAUGAAGGAGACUUCUUUAACGAUUCAAUUCCAGAAGCUGAGCUGUAUAUUUUAUCCAAGAUACUGCACGAUUGGGAUGAUGACAAAUGCAGACAGCUGUUGGCAAAAGUCCACAAGGCUUGCAAACCUGGCGGCGGAGUGCUGCUGGUUGAAUCGCUUCUGAAUGAAGAUAAAAGUGGGCCUUUAGAAACCCAGCUGUAUUCGAUGAAUAUGUUGGUGCAGACGGAAGGAAAAGAACGAACAGCAGCAGAGUACAACAGCAAGCUGGGGGCAGCUGGCUUUGGAGAGAUUCAAGUCAAGAGGACUGGAAAACUCUAUGAUGCUGUUUUAGGAAGGAAAUAA